UUCUAUUCGUCCACCACACCACCCACUACAGACUAUCAUGGGGGCAGAAUGCUGUGACGGCCAUGGGCACUCUCACGGUGGAGCGGCAGUGCCGCAUGCAGCUGCUGCCCCAUUCACUGCCGAGGAAGAGGCUGAGUUCAAGAAGGUCAAGAAGAUGGCUGACUUUCUUCGCGGCCGCAAGGGCAUGCCUGUGCGCCAAGCCAUUGAGAUGGGCAAACGCGUCGAGUUCUUUCGCGGGGACAAGUUGGGAAAGUUCUUGCUGAACAACGCUGUUGCCGAACGCUACUGCCCGACCCCCGUGACUGACAAGGCACAAGCCCUUGAAAUGGGCAAAUUGCUCAUCCAGUAUGGAUUUAUCCACCGCAGCAACCGCGAUGAGCGAAACAAGAAGGUGUUGCAACCGACACAGGACACGAGCUUUGUGGCCGAUGGCUACUACACUUGGAUGUACGACGGACCGACCACUUUUCGCAACUUUUUGACAACUCUGCUUAUCAUUGGGUUCACCGGUCUGGUGUGCUAUCCCAUCUGGCCGCAAUGGAUCAAGGUUGUCGUUUGGUACUGCUCGGUCACGUUCCUCAUCUUCAUUUUUGUGUUUUCGCUCGUCCGGGUCUUCGCGUUUUUCAUUUUGUGGCUCGUCGGGAUCGAGUUUUGGUUUUUACCCAACAUUUACGACGACAACCUUGGGGUGAUCGACUCGUUCAAGCCAUUGUACAGUCUCCGCAGCACGGACGUCAGCGAACGCAAGUACCGUGCGAUUGCUUGUGUUCUGUUCAUUGCCAUGUGCGUCUGGAUCGCGCAGCAACCCACCGACUUCGACGAGUACAUGGAGCUGACGAAGCAGUUUACCGACGACAUUUACUCUGGCAAACUCAUCGACGAUAUGAGCCAGCAGCAGCGAGACAGCAUAGACAAAAUGAAGAUCCCUGAUCUCGAAGAACUCAUGAAGGAUGACGCGUCGGACAUUUUUGCCGAAAAGGACGAAGACGCAAUCUUUGAUAGCUACAUGGACGCCAAGUACUUCUCUGAAGACGGUGAAGACAUUGACAAGGAAGACUUGUAGGGGUCUCCUUGAAUGCAAACAACCUCUCAUUUACGUGAUCUCUCCUGCUC